CCUCCGGUGGAGCCGGCGGGCCGCUGUCAUGGCGAGCUCCGCAGCCGCUUCCGUGCGACCACCAAGACCCAAGAAGGAGCCGCAGGCGCUCGUCAUCCCCAAGAGUGCGGCGGAAGAGCAGAAGCUCAAGCUGGAGCGGCUCAUGAAAAACCCGGACAAAGCUGUUCCAAUUCCAGAAAAAAUGAGUGAAUGGGCACCAAGACCUCCCCCAGAAUUUGUUCGUGAUGUAAUGGGUUCCAGUGCUGGGGCAGGCAGUGGAGAGUUUCACGUGUACAGGCAUCUUCGCCGUAGAGAGUACCAGCGGCAGGACUACAUGGAUGCCAUGGCCGAGAAGCAAAAAUUAGAUGCAGAGUUCCAGAAGCGGCUGGAAAAGAAUAAGAUAGCUGCAGAGGAACAGACUGCAAAGCGCCGGCGAAAGCGCCAAAAAUUAAAAGAGAAGAAAUUACUGGCAAAGAAGAUGAAACUUGACCAGAAGAAACAAGUGGAAGGACCUGGUCCAUCCCAGGAGCAGCAGGCCAGCAGCUCUGAGGAGGCGUCUGGAACCGACCAGGAGGAGGAGGAAGAGGAGGAGCCCAGCUUCAUCAUGGGUCGAUGAAGUGCUUACAUGGCAGCUGUCAAGAGACUGGCUGAUUCUGCGACCCGGGCCUGGAACAUUCGGAGCUGGGAGUGGGAGUCCC